CUUUUAUUCCUUUCAGAAGAUGAAGACACAUCUAUUGUUGAUGCUACUGCUGCUACCUCCAUUACCUGUAUCCUCAGCAAGGAAGGUGAGAAGGCAAAAUGAAAGCUGGGGCCGCUGGGGAGAGUGGAGCCAAUGUAGCAGGACCUGCGGCGGAGGAGUCAGUUUCCAGGAGCGACACUGCUAUUCCCAGAGGAUAGAUGGCGGCUCCAGCUGUAUUGGACCCACCCGAAAUUAUCGUUCAUGCAACACUGAGAGCUGUCCCCAGGGCACCCGGGAUUUCCGAGCAGAGCAGUGUGCGGAAUUUGAUGGGAAGGAAUUCCAAGGAAAGAGAUACAAGUGGUUUCCAUAUUAUGGAGCUGCCAACAAGUGUGAGCUGAACUGCAUUCCCAAGGGGGAAAACUUCUACUACAGACACAAGGAGGCAGUGGUGGACGGGACCCCAUGUGAGCCGGGCAAACUGGACAUCUGUGUGCAGGGCACUUGUCAGGUGGGCGGCUGUCUCGUUCUCUCACCACCUCUCAAGGCCUCUACCCUUGAAAUGAGACGGGAAACUUGGGUCCUCUUUACUGGUUUGGACAAAGAUAAUUUCUUCUCUCCAUUUCAGCUUAUCAGCCAAGAGCCCAACCCAGGUGUGCAAUAUGAGUACUAUCUGCCCCACUGGCCUCUGGACACUGGCUUCACCUGGAGUCAUGGCUCCUGGAGUGACUGCAGUGCAGAAUGUGGAGGAGGUUAUCAGACACGCCUGGUAUUCUGCACCACCAUCAAUGAAGUUUACCCUGAUCAUAUGUGCCGGCAUAAGCCCCAGCCAUCUGACAAUCGCACUUGCAACCUUCAGGCCUGCCCACACACCAAGCGGAUCUCAUACCUCCACCGGCCGGGAGCGUGGAGCCAUGGCCGAGCCCAAGGCAUGUGUGGGAAAAGUUGGAAGACCGGGCCUUGGACCGCCUGCUCAGCUCCUUGUGGAAGGGGUUCCCAGUCCCGCCACGUCUACUGUGUCGUAUCCGAUGGGGCAGGCAUGGAGGAGGCCACGGAUGAAGCUUCGUGUUCAGCCCUGCCAGGGAGGCCCCCGAGCACACAGUCCUGCAACCUGCAUCGGUGUGCAGCCUGGAGCUCAGGGCCCUGGGGAGAGUGCUCAGCCAGCUGUGGCCCAGGGGUUCGGAGCCGGACGGUCACCUGUUGGGGUGAUGAAGGUUCUCCACUUCAAGAUUUUGCCUGCUCCUCAGCCAACAAGCCUCCCCUGACUGAGGCCUGCAUGGGAGAGAACUGCCCUCUUGAGGAGCCUGAAUGGCAUAUUGGUGACUGGGGGCUGUGCUCUAAGAGCUGUGAUUCAGGGAUCCGGAAAAGGCAAGUCAUUUGUGCUGACAGGGAUUCCAAUGUCCAUAGCUCUGACCUCUGCCAGGCUCGCCAGCCCCAGAUGCCAGCUGAAGUAGAGGCUUGUAACACACAAUCCUGCCACCUGCCUCAAGAGGUCCCUAGCAUGCAGGAUGUCCAAGGCUAUGACACCAGUCGCCAGGACUUAUCGACCUACUUGGAUCCUCUGGAAACUCCUGCCCAAGGGGUUAGGGAGGAAUGGUGGAUACACAGGAACCAGCCCACAUCUGAACAUUCCCCCGAGGGACACGGAGGCUCUAACUUAUUGCCUCAGCACCAGGAGUCUGGCUGGAGUACCUCCAGGUCUCAGCAGUACCACCAGCAGAAGGACCCUGUGGCGAGGUCACAGUCUCAUGACUGCCGCCACAGUCUCCAUGGGUGCUGCCCAGAUGGCUUUACAGUGGCUCCUGGCCCCCUGGGACGUGGCUGUCCCAGGAUCUCAUGUCAGCAGAGCACGUACGGAUGCUGCCCUGAUGGGGUCUCCUCAGCCCUGGGGCCAAAUCGGGCAGGCUGCCCGCUGUCACAUGGCGAUACCCACGUGAGCAGGCAUGGGCCUAGAGCGGCCUCCUCUCCGGCUGAGUCCCGGCCGGACCCUUCCCCGGAGUGCCGAGGGUCCCGGUAUGGGUGCUGCUAUGACAACUCAGCUUCCAGCGCGGGCCCCCUGGGAGAAGGCUGCCAAGGCAGGCCCAGCUCCCCCUACCCAGUCAGGUGCCUGCUGCCCAGUGCACAUGGCUCCUGUGCAGACUGGACCCCUCGAUGGUACUUCAUUCCCACUGUGGGCAAGUGCAACCGGUUCUGGUAUGGUGGCUGCCAUGGCAACAGAAAUAACUUCCUUUCUGAGGAGGAGUGCAUGAAAAGCUGCCAUGAGGGAGCUGAGGACAGUGUCACAGGACCCCUAACUCAUGGAGUAGAGCAGGGACGGACAUCUCCCUCCCAGAGGGAGACAGGCACACCCUUGGGGCCCAGCCAGCCCAGGCAACGGCCCUCUGGUUAUAACCAAGGAGGACGCACUGGGGACCACCAUGAUGCCUCUUACCAUGGCCAGCCAUCCAGAAAUGAUGACCAGAGUAGGACUGGGGAGAGUUGGGGACUGGACCACACAGGGACAUCCCAGGGAAGGCCUUCCCUUUCAGCCAGCACUUCUAGGAUAGAGCAAGGUGGGCAGGCUCUGAGGCCAGAGAAGACUCAGCUGUCCAGGCCCUUUGAGCAGGAAAUCUCAAAAAGUCAACAUACAGGACACCAGGACCGGCAGGACAGACCAAGUGUAUUUGUGCCAAGAGAAGACAGCAGGCAACCAGCUCCACACUCACAAGUUCCAUCUCACAGAAUUGUCUUGGACAGGACAGAAUACUCUGGGGUUCAGGUCACCCUGGGGCAGAUGGUCCGAUUCUUCUGUGUGGCAGAUGCCAGCCCUGAUGUGAAAUGGCAGAAAAAUGGGAAACCAGUCAGAUCAUCAGAUAGGCACCACGUGCAGCUCGAUGGCUCCUUGGCCAUCAGUUCAGUGAGGGAGGAGGACGCGGGCACCUACACCUGCAGCGCUUCUGUCGGGGGCCAGGAGAGCAGGCGCCAAGUUCAGCUCUGGAUCACAGGGGAUGAUAGGGAAGCCCCUGCAGAGGCUGAGAGGAACCUCCCUCCCAUUCAAGACCGCAGACGCCUGGAUUUCGGCAUGGGAGGAGGCAGGCCGGGUCAGAGGCCCAGCUCCCCCGGGCACCGCCAGCCAGGGCCCAGGUUGAGCUUUGACAGGAACCAGCCAGGAGUGGUGGAUGCCAGUGUAGGUCAGCGAGUCCAACUGCCCUGUCGAACAUUUGGCUACCCUCCCCCAGUCAUCGAGUGGCAGAAGGAUGGACAGCCUCUCUCUUCUCCCAGACACCACCAGCAGCCUGAUGGCUCCUUGCUCAUCAACCGUGUUUCCAUGGAGGAUGGGGGCUUCUACACCUGCAUCGCUUUCAACGGGCGAGAACGCGAGCAGCGCUGGGUUCAGCUCAGAACUCUGGGAGAGCUGAAGAUCGUAGGACUAGAACCCACCGUUACAGUGCCUGAGGGGGAAGACACCCAGCUCCACUGUGUGGUGAUAGGAGACAAUGUGAACGUGAGAUGGUCCAGGAAUGGGGUGCCUGUGCGAGGCGAUGGCUACCGCAUCCACCUGUCCCAGGACGGAACCCUGGUGAUUAACAAUACGCGAGCCCGCGAUGAAGGGUCCUAUACCUGCAGUGCCUACAGUGGGAGCCAGGCUGUCAGCCGCAGUACAGAGGUGAAGGUGGUCCAUCCUAGACCUCCAGAGCAGCCCAGGGACCCCAGCAGGGAGUGCAUAGACCAGCCGGAGCUUGCCAAUUGUGAUCUGAUCCUGCAAGCUCAGCUCUGUGGCAAUGAAUACUACUCCAGCUUCUGUUGUGCCAGCUGUUCCCGCUACCAGCCCCAUGCCCGUCCUGUUUGGCAGCAGGGAUGAAAGCUGUCUCCUGCCCUAGCUCCCAAACACCAUGGCUGGAGAGAGGCAAGACAUGGCAACCAGAGAACGGCAGACAGAAGGUCUGUGUCUCCUCCACAGAUUGUCCUUUUAAAAAAUCCAUCAAUUAUAAUACUGCUGCAGUAGCAACAGCUGGGAUAAGUUCCUGCCCUCAUCACCGGUGCCUCCUUUGUUUGCUCUUCAGACACUAUUGUAAGUCAUUUUGUAAUGAGACUGCUUAGAUGAAAGCAGAACUGCCGUUUCCCACACUGAGCUCUAGGGGACAGAACUGGUAUUUUUAUAUAUUUUUUUAGAAUACAGUUUUUACAGCUCUAAAAGACUUGCAUUAUUCACCUUGGCUGAAUGGGUGUUGAAGUGUGGUCCAUCUAAGUGAGCAUGCAUCUUGUAUAAGGAUCAAUAAUUGUGCUGCAGCCAAACCAGAGUCUGACCUUCCUUUGGGGUCAGGAUGGGCAGCGAUCUGAGAUGCUUCCACAGUCCAAAUGCUUUUGCAGCCUAGAAAACUUCUGGUAUCAGACAAACUCAUCUGAAAUCCUCCUCUGGAGAGAGGGUUUGAAUCUGUUGCUCCCAUCUGGCACACAGCCUUGGUAGCCUUGAUCCCAAGGGGGGGGAUUCAUUCUGCUUUUCUGUUGAGGGUUACCUCACACAGAUCCAAGUUAAACUGCUUCCAUAAACCCAAAGCUGUCCCAUGACACCAAGGCUAGAACUAAAUAAAGCAGCAAUCACUGGAGUAA